AGCGGUCGUUCAGCGCGUGAUGUCAUUCUCUGUUCGUUGUUAACUACGUUCCCGUGUUGUGAUUGUACGUUUUCAAUCGCGUCGACAGAUCCCGAGCGAAGUGUAAAAUCGUUCGACGAUUGUUCGAAAUCACGGAUUACGACAAUUCAUUGAAGGUGAGUUUGGGGAGUUCAGUGAAUAUGUCGUACCGAACGACCGUGACGUAGCACGUUUUUAGAUUUCACAAUUCAAUUAAAAACAAACGUUAAUAAAUGAGUGAGUUUUAACAAUAACAGAUCAAUGGACGAAGAUCUCUGAUAUCGUCAAACUAAUCGGACUCAUCAGCUCGGGAUGAUGAAUUUUGAAGAAGAGAACGGAUCUAUGAGAUCCUUGUCAUCACGAAAUAUUCGUUGCUGUCUCGCAACAGCUAGAUAUAACAGUUCAAAUUAGAAAAGUGCAACUUCUUUACGUAAAUGUAUAUUAACCUUGUCGAUGUUUUAGCGCAUAUAUACGUAUAUCUAUAUUUCGUAGACCGUAUAAUUUGAGAGGACCGUUCGGCGAAGUAAAUGGGAAAUAUGGAUGAAUUGCAAAAUCGGAACGAUCUCGUGGCUGCUUACUGUGGCUACGACGAUCGUAAUAAUAACUACAGGUGAACCGGAAGUAACUUUGAAUUUGAACGAAAGUCCUGUGGAGCUACCGCUUCAUCCGUUGGAGGAACUCGAGGAAGAUAUGUUCGAUUACGAAGCUGACAAUUUACUACAGGAUACGAAUACAGAGUCAGAGGAGCAAGUCGUACCGUCUAGUCAACUGAGUAACAGUUAUAAAUAUCCCGAGGAACUUACUAUCUCUGACGACGAGAUAGACGAGGGCAUAUUUGAAGAAGAACCGGCGUCCACUUUAGUAUUACCGAAUGAUAAUAACACGUACGACUCUCAGCCUCCGUGAACAUCGACUACUUUAAUAUAGUCGAUGUAUCUCUAGAGUAGCAUUGUGCGCCAACUUGCUACCAAUAUGUAAUGUUAUUAAGUUUUUCCAUCGAUCAGGGUCACCGAACAUAUUUUAAAAAGCAUUACAGUAGUAGAGUUGUAACAUUUUACGAUGGUUCGAGCAAAAACUCUGAAUGGCUUUUCAAGCCUAAUUCAAACGCAGCGACAAACCAGAUUGCUCGUAAUUUGUUCGACAUUGCUAUAAAUUUUAUUUGUUUUUAUUACGAAAGAUUAUUCUAAGAACAGUGAUUUACUCGAUUAUUAAGUUUAUCGUUAAGAUUUUAUAAAAGGAAGAAGAUAGAAAUGGAUUUGCUUUAAAAAUAAAUCAAUACUCAAUAGUAAGUAAUCGAUAUUUUAUGCAAGACUUGAAUAAAUAUUAUACCUUCGAAACAUUUGCUUUGUGCAAUAAACGUAAUAGAAACCGUAUUUUGUACACGAGAUUUAAGCGUAUAUUAUUUAUCGAAGGUCUACUUAUUGUAUAUAUUCUUAGGUAAUAUACACUAAAUAACAGUAUAUAUAUAACAGAGAACUGAGCUUAUAAAUAAAGUUAAAUGUGAGAAACCAUUAACCGUAAAUCGGUUAAUAGAAUCUGCCCUCUUGUUUGUAUCGAGUGCUCUUUCGAUACCUAGUAAUCGAAUUAAAAAAAAUUUGAAUAUUCAGAAGUAUGAUUUUAUUAAAUAAUUUCGUUAAACGAAGUUUAACGCGAAAGACUGCGUUUUGUUUGGUUAGGUUACCAGAUAUUUUCAAGUACAUCCGUAUACAAAAAAUGUACUUGAACGACCUCUGGCGGUUACGACCGUUUUUUAGUAAUCUGUAACAUUCUUUUUACAGUUAAGUACCGUGAAAUACCUCUUGGAAACGUACGUAUAAAAAUGUAUCUGUAAUACUAGUUAAUUCAUAGUUCAA